CCGAGAGCGGCCACUUUACUCUGUGCGCACUGGGUUUAACAUUGGAAAAACAGACAUAUUGAUGCAUCUUUGUUAUAUAUCUCUGGUUCAGUUUUAGUGUUCCCCAGGAAGAAAGACCUUCAGAAAUGUGUUGGAGUGGCCUGCUAGGAUUUGUAAUGGAGACCGUGUGAAUUCUCUGGUGUAGGAACUUAAACCUUAAGUGUUAUUACCAUGAACUUCAGCUUUCAUAGCGCUGAAACAAGUUGGCAGAUGGUGCCAGUGGCAAGUGGAGCAGCUGCGUGCCCUGAGUCUGCAACAUGCUGGCCAGAGAACUGAUGCUGCUCAUCAUACUGAUGCUUGGAUCAGCACUGUGUGGCAGAGAGGCUGUGGAAUUCCUGGCUUACUACGGGUACAUGAAUCCAGAGGUUCUGCAGAAUUACUCACAGAUACCGAAUGAGGAACUAGAAAAUGCACUAAGAGAUUUCCAGAUGUUUGUAGGGCUUGAACAAACAGGAAAGCUGGACACGGCGACAUGUGACAUGAUGAAGAAAUCUCGGUGCGGAGUGAAAGACAAGUUUGACUUUGAAGGAGACGAUCGAAGUUCCAAGAGGAUCAGAACGGCAAGUAAUGGAAUACCUUGGAAUCAGAAGGAGUUGACAUACAGGAUCUUCAGGUACCCAAAGCAUCUGCAGUCUGCAGCUGUAAAUAAAGUUGUGGAGCAAGCGUUCGCUGCCUGGGCAUCAGUUACAGACUUGCACUUCCGGCAGAUAUCUGCACUUGCAGAUAUUAACAUUGCAUUUGGUGCCGCAAACCAUUCUCAUUUCCACCCAUUUAGACCAGAAGUGUAUGGUCACGCCUUCUUUCCUCCAGCAGGAUCUGUAGACUUUAAUGAGGACUGGAGCAAGGGCAACAGGAGUCACUCAGGUCUGGAAUUGUUCUGGGUGGCUCUGCAUGAAUUUGGGCAUGUUCUUGGUGUGAAUCACUCUAUGGCAAACAGAUCCAUUAUGUAUCCUUACCUGCAGAUGGGACGUUCCAAUCCAAAUUUCCCAUUUGAUGAAGAAGAUGUACGAAACAUUCAGGCCUUGUAUGGACCCAGAAGACCCAGGCCUGCAAACUUAUGCUCAGAUUCCUCAUUUGAUGCCAUUUUUGAGUACCCAGCGGGAGUUAUAUAUGUAUUGAAAGGAGAAUACCAUUGGAAGCUGACACCAGAUGGCAUAGCAAGUGGUUAUCCUCGCCUCAACUCCCAUCGCUGGGCUGGACUUCCCAGUAACAUAGAUGCAGCCACUGCUACCAGCAGUGGUCUAACUUAUUUCUUCAAGGGUAACAGCUACUGGACUUACUAUCACACAUCUCCUCAUAUCAGUAACCCCUCUUACAUAUGUGUGGGGUGGCCGGGAAUUCCAGACAAUGUAGACGGAGCCAUGUGGUGUGGCGGUUCCGUUUUCUAUUUCUUUAAAGGUUCCUCAUAUUGGAGGUAUGCUGCAUCACAGUCUCCUCAGGUUCCUGCCUCCUAUCCGAAGCUAAUAACAGUGUGGGGUGGCAUUGAAGGUGUUGUGGAUGAUGUGCUAUAUGUCAGUAGCGGAUACGUCUACUUCUUCAUGAAUGGCACCUACUCUCGGUACAACUGUGCAACUGGUGGGAUUGACCAUGCACAUCACAAUCAACCAGAUUAUCCUCGUCCUGUUGGUCGAUGGUGGUUUCAAUGUGAUAGAAAUGUAGCAGAAGAAAAUGUAUCAUCCUCUAACCCAUUCACCAUUAAUAGUACAGAAACAACCAUUGAGGAUACAGCUGUCAGCAGUACUUCUAGCCCUACAACCAUUGAGGAUACAACUGUCAGUACAACUGCUAACCCUACAACCAUUGCAGAUAAAACUAUCAGCACUAUUGCAAGUCCUACAACCACUGAGGAUACAGCUGUCAGCACUACUGCUAGCCCUAGAACCAUUGAGGAUACAGCUGUCAGCAGUACUGUUAGCCCUACAACCAUUGAGGAUACAGCUGUCAGCACAACUGCUAGCCCAGCAACUAUAGAAGGUACAACUGUCAGCACUACUGCUAGCCCAGUGACUAUUGAGGAUACAACUGUCAGCAGUACUACUAGUCCUACAACCACUGAGGAUACAACCAUCAGCAGUACCACUAACCCUACAACCAUUGAGGAUACAACUGUCAGUACAACUGCUAGCCCUACAACCAUUGAGAAUACAACCAUCAGCAGUACUGCUAGCUCUACAACCACUGAGGGUACAGCCGUCAGCAGUACUGCUAGCUCUACAGUCAAUGAGGGUACAACUGUCAGCAGUACUGCUAGCUCUACAACCAUUGAGAAUACAACCAUCAGCAGUACUGCUAGCUCUACAACCACUGAGGGUACAGCUGUCAGCAGUACUGCUAGCUCUACAACCAUUGAGGGUACAGCUGCUAGCUCUACAAUCAUUGAGGGUACAACUGCUAGCUCUACAACCAUUGAAAGUACAACUGUGAGCAUUACUACUAGCCCUACAGCUACCCAGGGUAUGGCAACCAUUAGAAGGGUUUCUGUGUCAUCCACCUCUACUGACAGUGACUUUCCACCUGAUGCUCCUGAUGCUGAAUGAUGUAAACAUGAUUGCAGCUGUGAUUGUUUCAACUGCCAGGUAUUCAUUUGAACCACUAGGGAUAUUGUGAGGACCUGUAGUUUGUUAAGUGCUACCCCAUGAUGCUGUAGAGUAUGGUGGACAGGUACUAAAUGCUUUGGAGGAACAUGCUGCGUCCACCUUGAGGAUCCAAGUUGACAUGGCAUCACAUACCAGAUGAACAAACAUAAUCUUAACUCCCUUUCAAGUGUCCUGAAAAAAAUCAGGUAAAUUUCCACAGAAUUCUCUGCUGUUUGUAGGAUUCACCAUUGUUAAAUGAAUAAGACAACUGGUGGGACCCA